GUUUGGGGGUGCGGCGGGGGGCCCCGGGCCUGCCGUGCCCUGCUCGCCGGGAGUUUGCGCCGCACCCAGGAGGGCCAUGCAACCGCCGCUCCGGCUCCUUGCAGAUCCCUGAGCAGCAGGAUGCUGGCGCGAGGUCUUGCCCGCAGCGUGCAGGAUGGCCGUGCUAGAUGCCGAGCUGAACCACAUCGUCCCGCCCUGGCUCCUCGCGCCGGGCUGGGCCAGGGUCCUGGUGGCCUGCGUGUCCCUGCUGUGCUUUGCGAGGAGCUACGAUGGCGACUUCGUCUUCGAUGACUCAGAAGCGAUUGUCAACAACAAGGACCUCAGAGCAGAGACACCCCUCACCGACCUGUGGCACCAUGACUUUUGGGGCAGCCGCCUGAGCAGCAACACCAGCCAUAAAUCCUACCGGCCACUCACCGUGCUGACCUUCAGGAUCAACUACUUUCUCUCGGGAGGCUUCCAUCCAACCAGCUUCCACGUGGUCAACAUCGCUCUGCACGUGGCCGUGUCGGUGCUGCUGCUGGACGUGUACUCAGUGCUUUUUGGGGGGCUGCAGCCCUCGGGCCGUGGCCGUCGCCUCAAUCUGGCCCCACGUGCUGCUCUGCUGGCUGCCCUGCUCUUUGCUGCCCAUCCAGUGCACACGGAGUGUGUGGCUGGUGUGGUGGGCCGGGCAGACCUCCUGGGAGCCCUGUUCUUCCUCCUGUCUUUCCUCGGCUACUGCAAAGCGCUUCGAGAAAGUCACAAGGAGGGAACACAUCGCACCUUCUGGGUGCUGCUGAGUGUGCUCCUGGGAGCUGUUGCCAUGCUGUGCAAGGAACAAGGCAUCACGGUGCUGGGCCUGAAUGCAGUCUUUGACAUCUUGGUGAUAGGCAAACUGAAUGUUCUGGAAAUCGCCCAGAAGUUGCUACACAAGAGCAAGUCCUUUGAAAACAUGGGUGCGCUCAGAAGUGGGGGUGUCCUGUCCAGGGUGAGCCUGCUGGCAGCGGGGGGUGCUGCGGUGCUGUACGUACGCUGGACCAUGAUGGGCACCGGACCGCCCGCCUUCACCGAGGUGGACAAUCCCGCCUCCUUUGCCGACAGCAUGCUAGUCCGGGCCAUAAACUAUAAUUACUACUAUUCAUUGAACGCCUGGCUGCUGCUGUGUCCCUGGUGGCUGUGCUUCGAUUGGUCCAUGGGCUGCAUCCCCCUCAUUAAGUCCGCCUGGGACUGGAGGGUGCUGGCCCUGGCCGCUCUGUGGUUCUGCCUCAUUGGUCUCACGGGUCAAGCCCUGUGUUCUGGGAACAGCCAGGAGAGAAGGAUCCUGACGCUAGGCCUGGGGUUCCUCAUCAUCCCGUUCCUUCCCGCGAGUAACCUGUUCUUCCGUGUGGGCUUCGUGGUGGCCGAGCGGGUGCUGUACUUGCCCAGCGCCGGCUACUGCAUGCUGCUCACCUUCGGAAUUGGGGCUCUCAGCAAACACACCAAGAGAAAGAAGCUGAUCGCAGCCGCCGUGCUGGGAAUCUUAGCCCUCAACAUGCUGAGAUGCAUGGUCCGCAGCGGCGAGUGGCAGAGUGAGGACAAGCUGUUCCGGAGCGCCCUGUCCGUGUGCCCACUCAAUGCCAAGGUUCACUACAAUGUUGGCAAAAACCUGGCUGACAAAGGCAAUCAGACAGCUGCCAUCCGCUACUACCGGGAGGCCGUGAGGUUAAACCCCAAGUACGUGCACGCCAUGAAUAACCUGGGGAACAUCCUCAAAGAAAGGAAUGAGCUGCAGGAAGCCGAGGAGCUGCUCUCACUGGCUGUGCAGAUCCAGCCAGACUUCGCCGCAGCAUGGAUGAACUUGGGCAUCGUGCAGAACAGCCUGAAGAGGUUCGAAGCAGCCGAGCACAGUUACCGCACCGCCAUCAAGCACCGGAGGAAGUACCCGGAUUGCUACUACAACCUCGGGCGGCUGUAUGCAGAUCUGAACCGGCACGUGGACGCCCUGAAUGCCUGGAGAAAUGCCACGAUGCUGAAGCCGGGGCAUAGCCUAGCCUGGAACAACAUGAUCAUUCUGCUGGACAACACAGGGAAUCUAGCGCAGGCCGAAGCAGUCGGCAGAGAAGCUCUGGGGCUGAUCCCGAAUGAUCACUCGCUCAUGUUCUCACUGGCCAACGUGCUGGGCAAGUCCCAGAAAUACAAGGAAUCCGAAGCUUUAUUCCUCAAAGCAAUUAAAGCACACCCCAAUGCUGCGAGUUACCAUGGCAACUUGGCUGUGCUCUAUCACCGCUGGGGCCACCUCGAUUUGGCCAAAAAGCACUACGAGAUCUCGCUGCAGCUGGACCCCACAGCAGCCGGGACGAAGGAGAACUACGGGCUGCUGAGGCGAAAGCUCCAACAGAUGCAGAAGACAGAGGCGUGAGCCAGGUUGAUGGCGUGUGGACACGAACAUGACACAACACAUCCAUUAACAUGCAACCACGUCAGAGCCGGACGUGGGGUUUAUUUAAGGCUGUCUUUUAUU